ACUAGGUGGUCCAUUUUCACGCUAUGGAGGAGUGGAAGCAUCGCCUCCUUCCCAAGGAGGAGAAUGCGGACAUGGAGGAGCGCGAGAAUGACAUGGCUCAGCUGCGCCAAUCCAUCGAUCGCGUCUCGAUGCUGCUCAAGGCGCGCAAGGCCGGGCAGAAUUGGCGCUCCAAAUCAUCCACCCUAGGAUCGUCACGCCCCAGCGGCGAUGACCACGAGUCCCAGCGCCAUUCUUCCUCGAAUUCCUUCUCCUCCUGGCGCCAUAAUCUGCGCGACGCGCUCGAAUCCACGCCGGCGCACGUCACGAUCGUGGCGCUGCUGCUCAUCGAUCUCCUGGCCACGGCCGUGGAUCUGCUGCUCACGAUCCACAACACCUCCGCCGACCUCCGCGAGUGCUCCGCCUCGGUCCGGGCGUGCCAGUGCGAUCCCACCGGAUUCAGCAGCGGCCGCGAGCCGUGGGAGUUCUUGCACUGGAUCAGCGUGGGCAUCCUGGGCGUCUUGAUGCUCAACGUGAUAGGGUUGAUGGUCGCGUUUGGGGCAUCGUUCUUCAAGCACGCCGGCUACGUGCUGGAUCUGUUCGUGGUCACCAGCGCGCUGGUGCUGGAGGUGUUCUUCGAGGCGGACACGGCAGGGCUGCUCAUCAUCCUCAACCUGUGGCGGAUCGUGCGCGUGGCGCACGGGAUCUUCGAGGUGACCGACGAGGCGUGGGAGAAUGAGAUCGAGGACAUGAAGGAGCGGAUCGAGGGCGCGGAGGAGCGAUUCAAUCGGGAAUGCGGCGCCAGGGAUCGCCGGAUCCAGCAGCUCGAGGCGCAGCUCGCCGCCGCCAAGGCUCAAAACUAGACGACGUGUUGUGACACGUCGUGCUGACGUGUAUGACACGCGUGUCAGCAUGCUGACUUGGUACAUCCCAUGUGUUUGCCGACGUGGUAAUUGUUUUCAUUUAUUUACUUCCAAAAGACAAACAAUAAGGAAGCUCUGUUUUCA